CAGGACGGACCCGAGAUAACAUGGGCUGUAGUAACGAGACCACAAAUACAAGAGAUCUCCUCAUCCAGAACUCAAGGCCACAAAGUCGACAGGGCCUGACCUCCGAACCGACUACCGAGUGCUGUGCUGACCAUCGCCGCCCGAAGCACGGACGAGUUCCAUCCGAGCCCUCGUCGAAGCGUCGAUGCAAACUUGAGUUAUUGGUCUGGACCGGAUUGAGCCAAGGCCAUUGCCUCAAUCGGCCCAUCACGCGGCCUUUCAGGCACUCCCUGGCGGCGGCCCCUAGCCAGCCUCUCGCGCGUGCGCAGCCGGCACCCUGUGGCUCACUCAGCAGCUGCGCGCGGCAGGCCAGCAGUGGUAGUGGACAGCGGCAGCGGCUGUGCUCGGCGGCCCCUGUGUUGAUGUGCGCUGCUCAGCUGCUGUGCCCAGCGGCCGACACCUCUGCGGCUCUCCUUUGCUCGACGUCGAGCGAGGGAGAAAUUCCAGCAAUGCUUGUCGUGCAACUGCCGCCACCUGAGGUAGCGGGUGAGGAUGAGAGCAAUAGCCGUGGUGUCUUCGUGGAGUUCAUGACCAAGGUCGCUCAGUUCAAUGAGCUUGUUGAAUCUGGGGAGCGAUUGCUUGGGAGAUUUCGUGAGGAGCUUGAGUAUUUUCGUAGGCCGCAGAUUUCUAAGGAAGCAGAUGUAAUGAAUCAGAUACUUAAAUCAAACUGCACUGUCAGAAUGAGGUCCUAUAUUGAAACUGGCUGCAGGGUCCACUGCCAAAACAUCUCAAACAUUAAUCAGCUGAGCUCAUGCGAAAAUGGACUUAAAGAUCAUAUAAAGAAAGUUAAGACCUUGCUUGAAGAGCUUGAAUGUCUGGUUGAGAAUGUCUAUGGCAUCACACUAACAGCCAGUUUAAGUGCUCUGGAAGUUUCAGACAGUCAGUGCCUUGACAGCAUGCUAAGUACCGAUCGCUGCUCCGUGGAGGGUGUUUGUACACAGCAGGAGGACAGAAGUGCAGAUCGGUUGGACAGGGAUGUGUCGUUUGCUACAGUAAUGGUCAUGGUUCGCAACGCGCUGAAGGCUGACUACACGAUGCAGGAAAAGAUUGUCUGUGCAUUGUCCUUGAAAACACCAUCAUCAGAGCUCGAGGGAUACUGCCUCAUGUGGAAUUUACGCCCGUACAUCGAUGACGAUGUGAUGCGUCUUGCGUGGAAAAUGUGUCCUUAGUAGGCGCAAGGUUCGUCAUUCUAGCAACAAGUACCAGAAGCCGAUCAAACCACCGUCCUCUCUUCCCUCGUACCCAUGUGUCAGGGAUCAAAAGAGAUAAUGGAGCCAGUCAGCGGCAUGCGGUGUGUGUCAGAGGGACGAAGAUGUCGUUGCCGGCUUGCCGCUGAAGCCUGGGCACGACAUCUUCGUCCAUCUGACACCCAUGUCAGGGAUCACAAGAGAUAAUGGAGUCAGUCAGCGGCAUGCGGUGUCAGAGGGACGAAGAUGUCGUGCCUAGGCUUCAGCGGCAAGCCGGCAACGACGUAAGAAUGUGCUAAAUGGGCUUAGAUGGGCUAUGUAAUACAUUACCUGGGUUCGGCCUGUAUAGAACGAUAUAUGUGUGUCUCAAACUGAGGAAGACAUGGUAAAACACAUAACAGAAACGCUACUUCUCUGCCUCGUCUCCUUCCUCGCUGCCUUCCUUACCUCUUCUCCACGAAAUCUGCCAUUGCUGCUCGUUUCUCUUCUGCAGCCUCGCUAGGCAUCGCUAACACCAUGCCUCCCUCUCUCUCCCUUUUUCCCUCGACUGCAUGUGAAACCUUAGCCUCCUCCUCAAACUACUGCGUGGAGCUUCCUCUCCAACUUCGCGAACGAUGUGUUCGCUGUGACCUCUGGCAACCACUAAUAUACAAACAGUCAUUAGGUGUCGCAACCCUUUAGGUGCCGCAACCCUUUCGUAUGGAGGAGGUGGCGGCCCGCGCGGGCCCGGCGUGUCCCCGACAACACCCCUCAAGGACGCCACGCGCGCGCCAUGAUAGCACAACGCUGGCGCCCACCCAGUCCUCGCGUCCGCUUGUCUACUUUCGUAUCCUUGUAUAACCACGACACCGGCCCGCCAGCAACCGGCAAGCAAAAUCAAAGUGAGCCAGCCCAGCCAUGGAGAAGGCGAUCGAUCGACAGUGGCCCAUCCGCCACCUCAGCUUGUGGUGAGCGUCCCGAUCUACUGUUCUAUUCAUCCAUUCAUUCUCAAGGAUUGGAUCAGCUCGGAUUGGAUUGGGUUGGGUUGGCUGAUCGAUUCCGUGUUGGGUCUGCGUGACAGUGCAGGCAUUAGUGUGCGCGCCGCCCCUAUGCUAUGAGCCACAUCCCAAUUUUUUGUUAGCAUCUGCAAUGAUAAAAUUGUGUUGCACACUUUGCUUCUAGCAAUUUUUAUGCACUACACAAAAGCGAUUUAUUCUAGAUUAAACAGAAUGAAUGUACGAUUUCGAUAUAUGAUUCCACAAUAUAGUUGGACUUGUAUUUUAGUAUACUAUGUACUAAAUAAGUUCCUUGUAU